GAAAUUUCAAAAGUUGAUGAAAGAGCGUGCUCCUCAGUAAAUGGUCAAAAUGUUGACGAAGGGAGCAUUUUUCAUACUCUUGUUGAUUGUAGUUGCAGCAAAUAAUACAAAGAAAAGGUCUAAACCACCAAACAUUGUUUUCAUUUUGGCUGAUGACUUGGGCUGGAAUGAUGUAGGAUGGCACAACGUAGAUGUAAAGACCCCAAAUCUUAACAAACUGGCUUACGAAGGGGUCAUAUUUAACUAUUCAUAUACCCAGCCAACUUGUUCUCCGUCUCGUGCCGCUAUAUUGACAGGAAGAUAUCCUUUCAUGACAGGAACACAGAGAGGCAUAAUUGGUGAAGAGAAACCAUAUGGUCUGCCAUUGAAAUAUGAGUUAAUGUCAGACAGACUAAAGAGACUUGGAUACUCAACGCAUAUAGUUGGCAAAUGGCACCUUGGUUACUGUAAAUGGGAGUACACACCAACGUUUCGUGGAUUUGACUCAUUUUAUGGUUUCCUGAAUGGGGCCCAGGAUUACUACACUCAUCUCAAAGGAGCAGUACAUUCUGAGGGGGUUGACUUUAGAAAUAACAAACGAGUUGUCAUAGACCAGUUUGGAGUAUACUCAACACAUUCCCACACCAAGCGGGCGGUGAAGGUUAUAAAGCACCACAACAAUGAGAAGCCUUUCUUUCUCUACCUACCAUUCCAGGCAGUCCACACACCACUACAGGUACCCAAGCAAUAUACAGAUCAAUAUGGACACAUCAAGGACAACAACAGACGCAUAUUCUUGGGUAUGGUGAGUGCUUUGGAUGAGGCUGUUGGAAACAUAACCAAGGCACUUAGGAAGAACCGCAUGCUAAGAGACACACUCAUCGUAUUUACCUCUGAUAAUGGUGGAAAUGUACAUGGUGGGGGAAAUAACUGGCCUUUACGUGGUGGAAAGACGACGUUGUUUGAGGGUGGAACUCGUGUGCCCACAUUUGUCUGGGGAAAAAUGAUAAAGCGACGAAGAAGGACAACAAAUGGGCUCUUCCAUGCUGUAGACUGGGUACCCACAUUACUACAUUUUGCAGGUGGUAAAACAGAGAAAGAGCUUGAUGGAGUGAAUCAAUGGAGCAUGAUAAACCAAAACAAGGCGUCAAAUCGUAAAGAAAUGGUUUACACUAUCAAUGAGGUUACAAAGGUUGCAGCCAUAAGGAUUGGUAAAUACAAGCUGAUAGAGGGUUUCCCUGGACGUUACAGAAGCUGGUAUCCUCCUCCUCACUCCCCCAUGAAAUACUGGAAGAGUGUUUAUUAUAACCUGUUUUAUGUUAGACACAACCAUAGAAGAAUAUGGCUCUAUAAUGUUAAAGAUGAUCCGCAGGAAACUACAGACUUAUCAAGAAAACUUUAUUGGGUGGUUAAACGACUACGUAAGAAGUUGCGGGACUACAAGAAAGGACUUGUUCCUGCAAUAGUGGCCAAAUCAAGCCCCAAAUCUAACCCAAUAUUCUGGGGAGGAGCCUGGAGCCCAGGGUGGUGUUGAUGAAGGGACAAAUUUAUUUAUUAAUCCAGUGAUGUAUAGUAAUGUAAUUCAGUGAUUUAAAAGGGCUUGUAUGUACAGAACAGUA